GUGUUGUUUGAAAAAGAUCCUGGUUUGUUUUUCAAACAUAAAAAAACUAAACACUCUGCGAGAUGCCGGGUAUACUAACAACGACACAGCAAUAGCUUGUAUUAGAGAGAAGACAGCAUUGGUUGACCACGCAGCUGCCACGGGACAUACCUUCAGGCUAGAUAGUCCAGUAAUAAUUGAUCGCACAUUCAAAACAGCAAAUUUGCCUGUAAUUGAAAGUUGCCAUAUAAAAAACACCCAUCAUGCAGUCAACAAGAGGACAGACACGGACAAUUUACAUACAGCAUAUGGUGGUAUACUACACAUGAUACACACGAGAAAGACGAAGAGAGAACCAAAACAAACCAGACACACAAACACUAGUCUUGCUGCCGAGAGAGAGAGAGCGAGGGAUUGAGAGAAGUAACCUAAGGUAAUCACGCACAGGGUAUCAUCACACACACACCAUCAUGUAGCAAAACACAACACACUCAAAAAGAAUUGACAUUUACAAAAGUUAGCAGUUAGCUGAAAGAUAUUAACUGAACCGAAUUCAGAGGAAAAGACGAGCAUUUCGAUCCCGAUAAAACUUUACACGAUCGGAACAGAUGAUCCUGAAAAACCAUAUGACAAUCCAUUGUUGUACAACAACAGAUCUGACAACAAAACAACAAUUAUCGAAUCCUUGAAAAAGGUCCCAAACGGACCGAAACGUCGGAUGAAGACAAAAUAGUUUGUUUUUGCUUAAAAAUUAGACUGCAAAGCCAUACACCUAACCUAAAAAUUGGAAACAGUCGACUCCAGUUCAAAGAUUAAAACCAUGGCCGGUUUCUACGAAACUAUAGACAACGAAUUCGGAAGUACAGUUAAGAUUCAAUUUAAACAAUACGCUGAUAACAACAGAAAAUUAAGCUGCAUGGAAGUCCGGAAAGAAUUUCUUCUACGGUGUCGUCGAAACGGAGUGUUUCCGGACCAUAUUCAAAAUUCUUUUAAAUGUUUGUUCGAACUAAUGGAAGAUCGCAGUCCAUAUCUGCGAAAAAUGGAAAAUUGUGUCGCAAAAUUCAAAAAGACUAUAUUAAAUCUCGAGAUAAAGCAAACUUUCUACAAAAUAAAAGUAUACCAGUCAAAUUGCGAGCACUUGCGGAAAACCAUCAAAGCCAUGGUACCAGAACCUGUCUCGAAAUCUUUCCUCGAUAUUCAACAUAGUUUUCACCAACAGCAGACAGAUAAAAACAGAAAAUCGAUUACCAAAAAAUAUCAGAGACUUUUAACAAAAUUCACAGAAGGUAUAAAAAGUUCUUUACCAACGAUAAACAACAAAGCGUUGUAUAAUGCUACAACAGUUGCAAUUCCCAGCAAAGUGGAAAUGCUACUCAGUUUAGGAGCAAAAUUUGCUCUCCCGUAUACAAGCCCUUCUGAGAUCCCGUUCUACCAUAUUAUCGCAGAUGUCGAAGGUAUAAUAAAAUCACACACAGACACGGAUGUACAAGAAAGGACUCGUUGCGCAAUUGCAAACAACAUACAAAACUUCAUACAUCAAUCGUGCGCACCAACCAACCCACAAGUCAAACUAUAUAACCAAGCUGAAAAACAAACCAGGAUCUUUUUCAAACAACACCCUGAAGUACUAGUGCUACAGUCCGACAAGGGAAACAAGACCGUCAUAAUGGACAAAGAAGAUUACACUAUGAAGAUGAAGAUCCUAAUUGGAGACGAACAAACUUACGAAAAAGUCGGUAGAGACCCAACCUCAGCCUAG